UUACAUGUCUGGCCAAAAUACGGGAGUGAAUUUAAACGAGUUUCCGGCGCUAGACAGUAUGUCAAACUUCAAUACAAGGCAAAAAAAAAGUUAUGCUUCCACCGUACAAGAGUCUCUUGACAGACCAAGUGCAGAAGACUUUCCCGGCCUGCCAAAUAACAAUGUCGGCUCAGAAAGUUUACAUGACAGUUCAAGAGAUUCAAAUGACACGACGCACUUUAUAGCAAAAAAUAGUGGUCAAUGGUCUCGAAACACAAAUAAACCAGAAGUCAAAUACGGACUAUUGGGAUUACUUGAUAUGAUACGUGAAAUUGAUCCCGACCGAAGAACGAUGUCCAUAGGUUAUGAUGUUGACAGGUUGGGGUUAGGCUUAGACAGAUCAUACUCUAUAUAUUCAACGUUUAUUUCGCCUUGGACAGAGAAUAAUCAGAACGCAUCUGUGUAUAAUAUAGAGCAAGGAUAUUAUAUUCCUACAUCUUACAGAAUGCUAAAAAUCAUGCCUCCCAUUCAAGAAAGAAUAAAGUCAUUUUCGGACGAGAUUCUAUUUUAUGAGUUCUAUAGUAAGCCUAAAGACAAUAUUCAGGAACUUGUAGCCAAAGAACUGUACGAAAGACACUGGAGAUUUAAUAAGUCAUUGUGUUUAUGGAUGACAAAGGAAAUAGAUGAGCAUGGGAGACCUAAAAAGCCACUACAAUAUCUGCCCGAAGAAAACACAUUUGAUCAAAAUACAUUUACUGUCUUUGAUCCAUUCAAAUGGAAAAAAAUUAAAAAAGAGCUUUCAAUCGUAAGGAACACAAUUGAAAUAAAAUUUUAAAGCAAUGAGGU